GUGAGAGAGUUGUGUGGUGUGUGGAGCAGCAGCAGCAGUAAGAGUGGUGUGUUUACAGCAGCAGCAGCAGCAGCAGCAGCUGGUGGUAGUAGUGGUGGUGGUGUUACUGCGUCUAUUAGUGUCAAGGAUGACCUACACACACACUCCUCACUAACCACCACACAUCCUACCAGCCAUGGAGAAACUCACACAAAUAAAGACUAAAGAUAUAGAAGAGCUGUUGAAAUAUUUCGAGAAGAACACCUACAGGGCGAGAGAAAGUUGUGGCACGACUGAGCAAAUACUUGGUAAAUGUUUGGAGCUAUGGAAGCUGGACUACAAGUGCAUGGUUGUGCCUAAUGCUGGAGGAGAGUUGUGCAACAGUUACCCCACCAAGCUGAUCAUCCCAGAGUGUGAGGUGGUACCUGAGGGGUUAGAUCCUCCAGAGCUGUUGUGCCCCCUCACCCUCACCUCCCCUUCACCGCUAAGUCUCAGUUCUCCUUCCAUUAUUCCGGGAGGCAGUGCCCCAUCAUUCUCCUCAGUCGUGUCUGGAGGGGCACGUGCCUCUGUUUCCAUUAAUGGACACCCUGUGGAAUUGUUGAGAAAGGGUUCUCUACCAGCUAAUGGAAGCAAGUGCAUGGUGGAGGGAACGCCAGAGGCUCAGAGUGAUGGAACGAGGCUGAGGGAGUUCAUUCUGAAGGCCAAAUUUGCUCGCUGUCGGGCUAGGUUUCCAGUUCCUGCCAUUCUGUACAAAGGAAAUUAUAUAUGCAGGUCUGCCACUUUAUCUGGAGGUCCGGAAAUGUAUGGGCGCUCUGGAAUGGAAUACCUCUUUCCUACUGCUACCUCUAAAGCUGAUGAUGACGACGAUGAUGACGAAGUGACUCGGACAAACAGCGACUGGCAGUUGUUUGACCGCGUAAGAUCUCAGGACAUCAGACUAUUAAGGGCGUGUAAUGUUGGUGUGAUAGUUGACCUUAUGGUGGAGAAGAAGAAAGUGAAGUUUGGAAUGUAUGUGACAUCAUCCGAAAAGGUGGACAAAGAAAACCGAUACAGCGACUUCAGCAUCUUGUCAUUACCAUAUCCUGGUUGUGAGUUCUUUAAAGACUUUCGUGAUCUGGGAUAUACUGGGGAAGGGUUGUACUUCAACUGGAGUCAACCAUUUGUUGAUGCCCAGUUGGUCAUUCCCGAGAGAACCAUGUCAGCCAAAGUAGCUUCGGAUUGGAAUAAUUAUCGGAAAUGGGACUUGUUGAGACUAAGUCAGAACUAUUUAAAGCUCUUAAUAACCUACACACAUGAAGGGACGCAGGGCAUGCUUGUCCACUGUAUAUCUGGCUGGGACCGCACUCCACUCUUCAUCUCGCUGCUCAGACUUUCCCUCUGGGCAGAUGGACUUAUUCACUCUUCAUUAGACCAUACUCAGAUUCUCUAUCUCACUAUUGCCUAUGAUUGGAUGGCAUUUGGCCAUGAUCUUCAGGAUCGAUUAAGUAAAGGUGAAGAAAUUUUCUUCUUCUGCUUCUACUUCCUCAAGUACAUUACCUCAGAUGACUUUAGUGUGGGGCGAAAACGUCACAUGUCCAAUGACAGCUCUUGUUCAGAGAAAUUGGACUGUUGUGUUCUACUUGAUACUGAUGGGUUGAGCUCGGCAGGAUCCUCCAAUUCCCUGAAUUCAUCAUGCUCGUCAAAUCGAUCUUCUCAUCAUGCUCCUCCUGUGUAUUUUAAAGCAGGAAAGAGUGGGGAGACUUCAGAUAGUUAUAAUGCUCAUUUAACAUGGCCCUAUGGAAGCUAUACUGGGGAGCUUGACUUUGAUGAAAUGUCCCCAAACCUUAGCAGAGCAUCAUCAACUUCAACUUCCAAUAGAGGGUCUUUUGGUAGAUCGUCUUUAAGGGACUCUGAUACAGCAGGGACCACAAGUGAGGGAAAGUUAUCAUUAAGACAAGGGGCCCUAGCUGGAAGCCAUUCUCGAGUAUCUGGUGGAUCAUUUAAAAACGGUAGUUCAAAUGCUUCAUUUCUGGAUGCAAGUAAACCCCUUUUGUGUUCACAUAGAUCAAGAAAUGGGCAUAGUGAUUCUAGUGGUGAUAGUGUUGCUGGUUCAGAUCAUGGAUCAUGGGGCAAUGGCUGUCAGGAUCCCCCACAUGCUUCUACCAGUCCCAUGGCUGUUCCUGUUCCCCGCGGGCGACCAGCACCACGGACAAGGCAAGAAUCUGUUAGUUCGGUUGGAAGUUGGCAGCUUAUCUCUGGAACAGGCAGUCUUCGUGGAUCAACUGGGUCAAUCUGUAACCCUGGUUCUGCCAAUUCUCGCAGCUCUCGAACCUCUGUACCUUCAUCAGAUUUGCUGGAUUCUGCAACAACCAUAAAGGAGGAGGAGGGAAGCUUGGAGUCAGAGCAGAGCAUUAUAGUCUUUAACAGAGCUGAGAGACUUGCGAAGGUCCGGGCACUCUUCUAUAAUAUCUACGUAACUACAAUAGGAUUCAAUGUCUCCAAUGGACGAAAUGAGUCUGGUUUAGGUACCCUAGUCUCUAACUUUGCUCAAAAGGUUGGAAUCAAGCCAAUGUCGUGUCGAAACACGCAGUGAUAUGAGGUAAUUUUUCGCAGUUAGAAAGUCAAUAAAAUUUCCUUUAGGCCUGAUGGCUAUUUAUAUUUUUUAAUAAAAUUUCAUUAGAAGUUUUAGUUGACAAUCCCACGUACUCAGCCAGAAGAAUGGCUAAGUAGUACUUGGUAAUUGAUAUUGGAGCCGCUGGUUUCUUACAAUUUUAUAAACAGGCAACUUUGUGGGUAUUUUUGUCCUUGGCUAACUUUUAUAAUUUUUUAUGAAUUAUUGUACUGUAUACCGUUAAAACAUCUAUAGGUAAAAUUAUAAGGGUUUUGCUCAAUUAGAUUGAAUUUGUAGAGCUUUGAUUUGAUUACACUUUUUUUUUUAUUUUUUUAAUAGCAAUUUGGAUGAGCAAAUGAAGCUUGAGAUAAAGUGGAACCUUGGUUUUUGUUUGCCCUGGUUUUCGUCGAAUUCGGUUUUUGAUGACUGUCAAAAUUUUGUCCCAGUUAUUGUUCAUCACCUCGGUUUUCGUCCACCAUACCGAAUGUGUCCGCCUGUCCGCACCCAAACAAAGCAUCCCAUGCAAUUGUUCUGAGUCAAUCUGGCUUUGUUUCUAGUCAAGUGAACAUUACCCUGUGCUUUCAUAUGAAAUAUAUAAUAAUCCAUUGCUUUUUGUGCUUGUUUAUUGAGUGCGACUGCUAAAUAAGCCACCAUGGGGCCAAAGAAAGUUCCGAGAAAUAAGGUAGAAUUGCUUCAGAGGAGGAGGAAGUGGAAAAGAGAGGGGAGAAUGUGCCUUCAGUGAUUAAAGACAUGUGUGCAAACUAGAGUGAGUUAUAAAGUCUUGUGGAGAAAUAUCACCCUAACAAAACUGUUGCAAGCCGUGUCUGCAACAUGUUCUAUGACAGUGCCUUGUCCCAUUUUAGGCAAAUCUUAGAGAUGCCAGAAACAGCUCUCUGGACAGAUUUUUUGUGCGAGGGGUACAGUGACUCGAGCUGAUCCUAGUGCCAGUAAAAGACGAGGGAAGUAACCCUGGAUAGGGCUUCAAUACCUGAAGUCCUUAUGGAAGGGGAUUCCCCUUCCAAACAAUAACCUCUCCUCCCUCUCCCCUCCUUGCCAUCUUCAAUACACCAACAAGAAUCUUCAGUAAAGGUAAGUUGUGUUAAAUGCUCAUUUAUCCAUUUCAUUAGUCCUUUAUAUUUAUUUCAUUGUUUUCUGUAUGUAAAAAACUAUAGCUAUUCUCAAUAAAAUGUAUUUUUUGUGUUAAUACUUUUGGGUGUCUGGAACGGGUUAAUUCGAUUUACAUUAUUUCUUACGGGAAAUAUUGCUUCAGUUUUUGUACAAUUCGGUUUUCGUCAGACUUUCUGGAGUGAAUUAAAGACAAAAACUGAGGUUCCACUGUAUUUUAAGGUUUUAGGUUUUAAUAUCUAUAAAAAAAAAGGUAUGAAGCUAUUGCUAAUGUUUCAAAAAACAAAUUAUGUAUAAAGAUUACUGCUUAGUUAAUAAAUUCUUUAUUUGGUAAAAGCCAGAUGGAUCAUGAUUGCUUUUGAGAUUUGGAAACUCUAAAUUGAAAUUUUGCUGUUUGUUUGUACUGUACAAAAGUGUUUGAGCAAUAUUUUCAUAAAUAUUGUGAUACAUAGCAUUCUGUAUAAAUGUGAUAAAAUUUAACUGGAUUAACAUUUGUUUUAGAAUGGUUAUCCAUGCAUUACAGUAUAUUUUUGUCUAUGUUCAUGUAUAUAUAUAUAUAUGACAGAUUUGUUUUAUUUAGGUUUAAGAUCUCGUGUAUAUGCAGAUUAUGUUGGCAUUUAACUCUUUGGUAUGCUAGGCAUCUGAUGUUUAUGAAAACUAAUAGCUAAAAUUUUCAGCGGUACAAGAUUUAAAAAUUUCAAUUGUUGCUUUAAUGAUGCAAGAUGUAGAUAUUUUUUUCUCUUAUUCCUUGGAUGAGUUUCGAUAGUCUCGCUCCUGAAUAAUACUUUUAUUCUGUCCUUGAGCAGUCUGGCAAGUUGACAACUUGGUAGACUAUUUUCCAGUCAUUUGGCUGAGCUUGAUGCAUAAGUGGUUGAGUUGUCCUUCAGUGCAGUGCUAAAAUUUGAGAUUUAAGGAGCUAUUUUUGUCAGACUAUUUUAUUUGGUUGAAACUGUCAAACUGGAAGACUUUUUGUGAAUAAUGUACUGUUACAAUUUUAUUUCGUACCUUAAAGCAAAGGCUUUUUUACUAGUAAACAUUUAAAUGUCCAAAAGUUUGUGAUAGGCAUGAUGUUAACAAGUAACACAGAAAACUGUGUAGCUAUUGUUGCAUUAAUAUAAAGAUAUUUCCACUCAGUCUCAUGAAAUUUUAUGGAAAGUCUUGAUCAAUGCAGAUUCUUUUAGAACAAUUCGUAGAUGUGUUAGAAAUAUGUGCUGGGUAGAUGUGUACUUGUUAAUUUGAAAACUACAGAAGAAAACAGUAAACAUGUUGGUACAGUAUCUUGUGCUGCCUCUGAGGCUUGUAUACCACAAGAACCCCAACUAAAAUUGCUAACAGGAAGAUAUUUAUGAGAGAAAUAAGGGAAGCUAGGGACAGUGUUUCCAAAGACCCCAUACUUCUAGUGGAUAUGGGGCCACAAAUUUUUUUUGGGAAAACUAAGCCAUUUAUGUACAGCACAGAUAUUUUACCUUAAGAAUAUCAGUGGGAAUGAAUGUGUUGGGAAGGUAAAAAGAAAGCUGUUGAAUUCUUCGGAAUCUAAUCCCUUUCAUUAAAAUAUUGUAAUUUGUCUCCCAGUGGUAAUUCAUGCUUAAUGACCUUGAUGCACUAUCCUUAUUUCAUGAAGUACACAAUGAAUAAUUGGCAAAUAACUAUAUGUACAAGUGUUGCAAGGGUAAUAUUCACGUUCUGUUUGCAUUAAGCCUUAAAAAAAAAAAAAGCAUAUAUACUUAACCAUAUAAGAAAUUAUUUUCCACUGAUUUGUGGGCAAUGUAAAAUCUUCCUUUACAUUUUGGUCUUUGAUUACAGUACAUUUUUUUCUAAUAAUACUGCUUACUUUCUAUAA